UCCCCCUCCCGUUUCCUAUCCCAUGUCCAAUCACUGAAUUUGCCCCUGACCAAACCCACCGGAACCUAUUACCAUUUUCCUUAUUUUCCGUCGGUAGAGAGAGAAGGAGAAGAUGUUGGGUGUGUUCAACAGCUCGAUCGUGUCUCCCCCGGACGAGCUGGUGGCUGCGGGCUGCCGGACCCCGUCGCCGAAGACGACGGCGGCCACGCUGAUGGGCCGGUUCGCUGACACCCACGCCUCCGCCGUGUCCGUAAACGUCGGAGAUCAGGUGCAGCUGGCCUACACCCACCAGAACGAGUCCCUGCUCAAGCCCAGGACCUUUGCCGUAAAGGAAGAUAUAUUCUGCCUGUUUGAGGGGGCCCUGGACAACCUGGGGAGCCUGAGGCAGCAGUACGGGCUGGCCAAGUCGGCGAACGAGGCCAUCCUCCUGAUCGAGGCCUACAAGGCCCUCCGGGACCGGGCCCCUUACCCGCCCAACCACGUGGUGGCUCACCUGAGUGGGAACUUCGCAUUCAUCGUCUUUGACAAGUCGACCUCGACCCUGUUCGUGGCCUCUGAUCAAUAUGGGAAGGUUCCUCUGUAUUGGGGAAUUACUGCUGAUGGGUAUAUUGCCUUUGCUAAUGACGCUGAGCUGCUCAAAGGUGCCUGUGGCAAGUCCCUUGCUUCUUUCCCUCAAGGUUGUUUCUUCUCCACUGCAGUGGGAGGGCUGAGAUGCUACAGGAACCCGAAGAACAAGAUCACCGCUGUGCCUGCCAAGGAGGAGGAGAUCUGGGGUGCAACCUUCAAGGUGGAAGGCCCAUCGGUUGUUGCAGCCACAGAGUAGGACUCGAGUCUCCUGAGUUGCGAUGUCGACAUUCACGUUCCUCAGGACCAUUUGAUCUGACUUUCGGGUAAAGGCGAUGAGAUUUUUCGUGUGGCUAUGGAAGAAAGGACGGAAUGGCCCAUCGUAGUGUAGAUAGGUGAAUGAAUGAGGGUGGGGAGGAAGUUACUGAUGGCAGGAGUUUGUGGUUUUGUUAGUGGUACGAGUUUCAAGUACCGUUAUGGUAUUUGGUGGGGUUCUGUUAAUUAAGGAGUUUGCUUACAGGGGUUGGGCUCCCGUUGUUCUAAAUCCAAUGUACAGCUAUGGUUUUCUCUCGUGUAAUAAAAGGGUUGUGAUUGUCCGGUCUACUAUUGAUCUGAUC